UUAGGAGAUGAUAAUUGAACUCAUCAGAGCUGAUGUGAUCACCAAUCAAGACAGUAUAAAAGGAAGGGUUCUUAUCCUGGGAUUAAUGUAGGUAUCAGGAAAACACAACUGCCCGCCUCCCCUUAUGCAGGGGUUACCAAGAGUGUGGAAGCAUGGAGGAAGGUCGAAAUGAGAAGACAAACGAAGCUCACAUUCUCUUUGACCGAUUUGUCCAGGCUAGCACCUGCAAAGGAACACUGAAAGCUUUCCAAGAGCUUUGUGACUACCUGGAGCUAAAGCCCAAGGACUAUCGUUCCUUCUACCACAAGCUCAAGUCCAAGCUUAACUACUGGAAAGCCAAAGCCCUCUGGGCAAAACUGGAUAAACGGGGCAGUCACAAAGACUACAGAAAGGGAAAAGUGUGCACAAACACCAAGUGUCUCAUCAUUGGAGCUGGGCCUUGUGGCCUUCGCACAGCCAUUGACUUGUCCUUACUGGGAGCCAAGGUGGUGGUCAUUGAGAAGCGGGAUGCCUUCUCCCGCAACAACGUCCUACAUCUCUGGCCAUUUACCAUACACGACCUGAGGGGUCUGGGUGCCAAGAAGUUCUAUGGCAAGUUCUGUGCUGGGGCCAUCGACCAUAUCAGCAUCCGGCAGCUCCAGCUAAUCCUUUUGAAGGUUGCCUUGAUUCUUGGCAUUGAAAUCCAUGUCAAUGUGGAAUUCCAGGGGCUUGUAUAUCCCCCUGAGGACCAAGAGAAUGAACGAAUAGGUUGGCGGGCACAGGUACACCCCAAAACACACCCUGUAUCGGAGUAUGAAUUUGAAGUGAUCAUUGGAGGGGAUGGCAGGAGGAACACCUUAGAAGGGUUUCGUCGGAAAGAAUUUCGAGGCAAGUUGGCCAUCGCCAUCACAGCCAACUUCAUCAACCGCCAUACCACAGCAGAAGCCAAAGUAGAAGAGAUCAGCGGUGUGGCCUUCAUAUUCAAUCAGAAGUUCUUCCAGGAACUUCGAGAAGCCACAGGUAUUGAUUUGGAAAACAUUGUCUACUACAAAGAUGACACACACUACUUUGUCAUGACAGCCAAAAAGCAGAGUUUACUAGAUAAAGGAGUGAUACUGCACGACUAUGCUGACACAGAACUCUUGCUAUCUCGGGAGAAUGUAGACCAGGAGGCUCUGCUCAGCUAUGCCAGGGAAGCAGCCGACUUCUCUACCAAUCAGCAACUGCCAUCAUUGGACUUUGCCAUUAAUCAUUAUGGGCAACCAGAUGUGGCCAUGUUUGACUUUACCUGCAUGUAUGCAUCAGAGAAUGCAGCCCUGGUUCGGGAGCAGAAUGGUCAUCAGUUAUUGGUGGCCCUGGUUGGGGAUAGCCUGCUUGAGCCUUUUUGGCCGAUGGGAACUGGAAUAGCCCGAGGCUUUCUGGCUGCUAUGGACUCAGCCUGGAUGGUCCGAAGCUGGUCUCUAGGAAUUAGUCCCCUGGAGGUUCUAGCAGAAAGGGAAAGCAUUUAUAGGUUGCUGCCUCAGACUACUCCUGAGAAUGUGAGUAAAAACUUCAGCCGUUACAGCAUCGAUCCUGUUACCAGGUAUCCCAAUAUCAAUGUCAACUUCCUGCGGCCAAACCAGGUGCUUCAUUUAUAUGACACAGGAGAACUGAAAGAUGUUCACCUGGAAAUGGAGAACCUGGUGAACUCUCAAGUAACACCAAAGCUCUCUCGAAAUGAGUCUGUAGCUCGUUCCAGCAAACUGCUCGGCUGGUGCCAAAGACAGACAGAUGGCUAUGCUGGAGUGAAUGUGACAGAUCUUACCAUGUCCUGGAAAAGUGGCCUGGCCCUUUGUGCAAUUAUCCAUAGAUACCGCCCUGAUCUCAUAGAUUUUGAUUCUUUGGAUGAGCAUAACACAGAGAAGAACAAUCAACUGGCGUUUGAUAUUGCUGAAAAGGAAUUAGGAAUCUCUCCCAUCAUGACAGGCAAGGAAAUGGCUUCAGUUGGGGAACCAGACAAGCUAUCAAUGGUGAUGUACCUGACCCAGUUCUAUGAGAUGUUCAAGGACUCCAUCCCCUCCAGUGCUACUUUGGAUGCUGAAGAGAAGGCGGUCCUGAUUGCUAGUACCAAAUCCCCCAUCUCCUUCCUUAGCAAACUUGGGCAGAGCAUCUCCCGGAAGCGUACUCCCAAGGAUAAGAAAGAGAAGGACUUAGAUGGUGUGGGGAAGAGAAGGAAGACCAGUCAGUCAGAGGAGGAGGAACCACCUCGAGGUUACAGAGAAGAGAGGCCCACUCUGGUAAGCGCCCUAACCGAGAGGAGGAUUGACGUUGCUAUUGGUAACCAGAAUAAAGUGAAGUCCAUGGCUACCCAGUUACUGGCAAAAUUUGAGGAGAAUGCACCACUACAGUCCACCACUGGCAUAAGGAGACAGCCAAUUCAAGAGCGUUCUAUCAGCCAGCCAUCCCGCAGACAGCCUGAGCAGGGCCGCCCUGCUCCGAUACCUCAAUGGAAACAGCGACGGCGAAAGGAGUGUUCUCGGACAUGCCCGAAGAAAGUGAUUACACUUUCUUCUCCUUCCAUUCCACCUUCUUCUCGGUUAUACAGUCAACAGAUGUACAGGGAUCUUGAUGCUGACAACCGUGGCAAGCAGAGUCCCCACUCUGAAAGGCAAGAAACUGAACCUUCUCGUCGAUUUUUUGUUGAGCAAUGGGAGCUUUCCCUUAGCCUCCGUUCCUCCAACCGCCCCGCUUCACCCUCCUCUGACUCCCUCCGACAGAAGUAUAUAAAGAUGUACACGGGCGGAGUGAGCUCAUUGGCUGAGCAGAUAGCCAAUCAGCUUCAAAGGAAAGAACAGCCCAAAACCCUUCUAGACAAGAAGGAACUGGGUUCAUUGAAGAAGGAGUUCCCCCAGAAUAUAGGAGGCAGUGAUAUUUGCUAUUUCUGCCAUAAGCGAGUCUAUGUGAUGGAGAGGCUGAGUGCUGAAGGGAAGUUCUUCCAUCGAAGCUGCUUUAAGUGCGAAUACUGCGCUACUACCCUACGCCUGUCUUGCUAUGCAUAUGACAUUGAGGAUGGCAAAUUCUACUGUAAACCUCACUACUGUUAUCGACUUUCUGGAUACGCACAGAGGAAGAGACCAGCCGCGGCUUCUUUGUCUGGGAAGGAGACUAAAGGGCCCCUGCAGGACAGCGCCGCAGCAGACAGAACUGGCCGAUCCGACUCUGCCACUAGCUCAGCGGAGAGGACUCCAGGUUCAAGUGUGAAUGGCUUAGAGGAGCCCAGCCUUGCCAAGAGACUGAAGGGUACCCCAGAAAGAAUUGAGCUGGAGAAUUACAGACUGUCCAUGAAACAGGCAGAAGAACUUGAAGAGGUUCCUGAGGAAACCCUAGCAGAACACAAUCUGAGCAGUGUGUUGGACAAAGAGACUGAAGAGGACGUGGCAAGCAGUAGUUCAGAGUCUGAGAUGGAGGAGGAAGAUGAGGAGGAAGAAGAGGAAUCCCAUCUUCCCCCUUCAGACCUGGGAGGUGUACCUUGGAAGGAAGCUGUUCGCAUCCAUGCUCUUCUAAAAGGGAAGAGUGAAGAGGAGCUGGAAGCCUCAAAAAACCGUGAGCCUGGGAAUGAAGAAGAGGAGGAAGAAGAAGAGGAAGAGGAGGAGGAAGAGGAGGAGGAGGAAGAAGAAGAAUCUAGUGAAGAGGGAGAGUAUUGCCCCUGGAAGAGAGAGCUCCAGCAAAGCCACUGGCUUCAGCAUAACUCAAAUGAAGAGGAUACGGGUACAUUUAAAGCGGGGAAUCUGAAGCUACAGCAGAUUGUAAAUCUAGUCGAUCCCCUGGAGAUCCAGGCAGAUGUACACUGGACACACAUUCGUGAGAAAGAGGAGGAGGAUAAAAUGGUGUCUACCUCCAGGUCCUCCAGUUCCAGAGCCCCGUUUGAUGAAAAUGAUCUGGAGGAAGAUGUGGACACCGAGCCUGCAGAGGUAGAGGGAGAGGCAGCAGAGGAUGGAGACACCGGAGACACUGGUGCCGAGCUAGAUGACGAUCAGCGCUGGUCUGAUGACAUCCCAUCUGAUGCUGAAGCCGAGUUGGGUUUACAGUCCCAGGAAGCAGUAAAAACAGAACUGAAGCUUGAGGUGUCAGAGAAGGAAGAGGAGCGGCCAACCUCCCUACCAUCCCAGCAAGGAGAAGGUCCUUCUCCACAUUCUAGUCCUGGCAAAUCUCCUCUAGAAAGUACUGAUCUACUCUCCACGGUUAGCAGAGCCAAAGCAGAGGACAUCCAAUCCCCCUUCUCUUCAGUUUUCAAUAAGGAGAAAUCUCCAGAGGAGCGCUUUUUCCCAGAUAUAUUCCUUGUCAAAGAAAAGCCAGAAGCUGAAAUCCCUGUUGAUCAGAAGGUUUUAAGUACUCCUACGACAUUGUCUCCUAUCCGAUCCCAGCCAGCAGCACUGCCAGAAGCCAUCAUGACCACUUCCCCAGUUAUAUCCCGACCCGUGUCCCCUUCAAUGACUUCAACUUCACCUUCCACACAACUUCCCAUCUGCUCUCAGCCCCAGCCUUCCUCUGAAACAUCCAUUCCAUCCCCCACAGAGUCACCUAUAUGUUUCCAACCCAGUCCAAUAAUAACAUCCACUCCUUUGGUCUCCCUCACCUGUAAAGAUCAAGAUGAUUCAGUGGAAAAGCCGCGCAGCCCUGGUGCCACUGAUGAAUCCAUAAAACGGAAUGACCUCGUGGAGGAAUUUUGGUUAAAGAGUGCUGAAAUACGCAGGAGCCUCGGGCUCACCCCAGUGGAUAGAAAAAAGGGUACCGAACCGAGUUUCACUUUGCCCAGCCUUGAGUCUGUGUCCCUGAAAUCAUAUCCAACCAAGAAGGUGUCUCAGGAUGAAGAAAUCCACCUUUUAAAACCCCAGCCUUCACCUAGAAGGCCAGGCAUACCAAAGUUAGAUAGCGAUCAGCCAUCACUGCUGACUCCUAAAUCACCAUCUGAGAAAGAGCUGAAAAGCUUGAUCCAUGAUGAAAGGAAAGACUUGUCCAGCAGCUCUGGCCUGGGUCUUCAUGGGAGUUCCUCCAACAUGAGGACCUUGGCCAGUCAGAGCUUCAAUACUUCGGACUCAACUAUGCUGACACCACCUUCAAGCCCUCCUCCUCCCCCACCGCCAGAUGAGAAACCAGCAACUCUUCGAAGAAAGAAACAGGCUGCCUGGCAGAAUGAAACUGAAUCCAAGCCCUCACCUACCCCUGCCCCUGUAGGCCUUGCUCGGCCCCACCAGGAACCAUCCCAGCCAUCCAGAGAAGAGGUGCGGAAGUCAUUUGUGGAAAGCGUUGAUGAGAUUCCUUUUGCUGAUGAUGUGGAGGACACAUAUGAUGAGAAGACAGAAGACACAAGCUUCCAGGAAAAGUUCUUCACCCCACCCAGCUGUUGGCCCUCCUCAGAAAAACCUCUCUACCUACCCUUGGCCAAAGAGAAUGGCAGGUUGCCUGCUUUGGAAGGUAAGUCCCAACAAGAAAAGAGGGGGCUGCCUGUGGUGUCUCCAGAAGCCAAGGAACUGGCCAAAGAGCGGAUGAGAGCCAGAGAGAAAUCUGUGAAGAGCCAGGCAUUGCGAGAUGCCAUGGCCAAGCAGUUAAAAAAGAUGAAAGAGAUGGAGAUGACAGCUUCCACUGUGGCUGGAACCUCUAGGAUCUCAAGCAAAGCAUCUUCCUUGCCUUCCAAGGUGAGAGAGCAGCUGGUCUCAGAACCCCUAAAGCAGUCAGCCCUCAGAAGAUCUGAGGUGCCCACCCUAAAGCACGAAGCAACCAGUGAGGAGUUCUUUUCCCCUCCAUCCGAUUCAGGAGGCCCUGAUGGCUCUGUCACAUCCUCUGAGGGUUCUAGUGGAAAAAGCAAGAAAAGAUCUUCACUCUUCUCCCCUCGAAAGAGCAAGAAAGAGAAGAAGUCCAAGAAUGAGGGCCGGCCACUAGAAAAACCCAGUGGGAAUGUCCUGGAGGAAUCAACUGCCAAGCCUAAGUCUUUAUGGAAAUCAGUAUUCUCAGGGUACAAGAAGGACAAGAAGAAGAAGGUAGACAAUAAAUCGUGCCCCAGCACUCCAUCCAGCGGUGCCACAGUGGACUCUGGGAAGCGUAAGAUGUCUCCUAUGGUUAGAACAGAGCUGCAACUACGUCGACACCUCAGUUUCUCAGAGGACUCUGAUCUCUCCAGUGAUGAUGUCCUGGAGAGGUCCUCCCAAAAGUCCAAGCGAGAGUCGAUUUAUGUACCACACGUCUUGGCAUUCAAGAGAUCAUAUUCAUCAAAGCCGAGGACCUACACUGAGGAGGAGCUCAACGCCAGACUGACCAGGCGCGUGCAGAAGGCUGCUCGGAGACAGGCUAAGCAGGAAGAACUCAAGCGAUUACAUAGAGCCCAGAUUAUCCAACGACAGCUGGAGCAGGUGGAAGAGAAGCAAAGGCAACUAGAGGAGAGAGGAGUUGCGGUGGAAAAGGCUCUCCGUGGAGAAGCAGACUAUUGGGGAGAGUCUUAUUACAGUGACAUCAUCGACUUGCAUCUGGGUGGCAUGGGGAAGAAGGAUGAUCCAAAGCUGAUGCAAGAGUGGUUCAAGCUGGUACAAGAGAAAAAUGCUUUGGUGCGCUAUGAGUCGGAGCUUAUGAUUUUCGCCCGUGAACUAGAGCUAGAAGACCGGCAGAGUCGAUUACAACAGGAGCUCCGGGAACGGAUGGCUGUGGAAGAUCACUUAAAGACGGAUGAAGAGCUAUUGGAAGAGAAGAGGAUUCUGAACGAGAUGUUAGAGGUGGUGGAGCAGAGGGACUCUCUGGUGGCCCUGCUUGAAGAGCAGAGGCUUCGAGAAAAAGAAGAAGACAAGGAUCUGGAGGCCGUCAUGCUGUCCAAAGGCUUCAACAUGAACUGGUCCUGAGUAUCUGCUCACUCUCGCUGGUUGGUCUUUCGUAGCCGUUCGGCCUAGGCUGGGCUCUCCAGAAACCCCUAGCUUGAGAGAUCUGAGAAGGUCUGGCAUUUUCUGAGAGCGUACUUUCAAGUAUCCAUGUGCCUCUUCAACAGCGGAAUUGAGCCUCAUGCAUUUUGGGGAAAAACCUGAGCAAAGUUGCUUAGCUGAGCGAGUCCGGCCACCCUGGAGAGUCCGGCCACCCUGGAGAAUCCGGCUCAAGGGGCCCACCUGAGAUACAUGCACGGGGAGAAGGAAGAGCACAGAGUGAUUGCCACUUAUUAUGGAAAACCCUUUAUCCUUCCAGAUGGACUACAGUUGAUCCUUUUCCCAUUUCCUCCACUAACCUGUUCAACUAGAGAAGGAAGUGAAGAGACUCCCUCUUUGUUGACAUCACUGCUACUAUGGAGUUAACUUCCUAUUGUGGAGAAAUCUAAGCAGCCAAAGGGAGCAGCAGUUUUACCUAUUCUUCCUAUAAUCCCAUGAAAGAAACCUAAAAAACACACCCCACCCUGAGAAUACCCAAGAGAAUAAAAAUACCAUUGUCAGGCUGGGGUCUAGCCAUCCAUCUUGGAGGUCAGGGAUGGUGACUAAGAGCUCUCUCUAAGGAGGUCUCCAGAGUUAGCUCUACAAGUGAAGAGGGUACCUAAGGGAACAACCCCACACCACAUGAUUUAGAGAACAUUCAUUUAGAGUGUGUGGCCCAAGCAUCCCAUGGCCCAGACACUUCCUUCCCUGUGGCAAGGACCCCAGGCUUGGGGAGUGCUACCUUUCACCUUUGUUUUGAAUUGCAACUAUUUUGACACUGGAAAAUACUGACUUUGAGGGACGAGGGGGUCUAGGUCCCAGGUUUCAGACCCCAACUGAGGGCUGCCUCAGGACAGAAAGUUAUUGACACUAUUCAGUACUUUAAGUUGGGAAAGGAGAAUAUGUUUUCCUUAAUUUUUUCCUGUGUUUGCACAAUGAAAAUGAAGCAAAGACCUGACGGGACCCUCGGUCACUUUGAACCUUUUUUUUUUUUCAAUUAACUUAUUUUUUUUAAUACUUGAAAAGAAGCAAGUUCGCUUUUUAUAUCUUUACAAGAAACACAAAUCAUCCAUUGCUCGAAUGAGGGAUAUGUCUUACAUCAUUCAUCAUCCAAUCAGCAACUGACUGAAGUCUUGGUUACAUGCGUCUAUUUAUUCAUGUCCUUCAUGAUAUUUCUAGCCUGUUAUUCUGGUUGGCUUCAGGGAAUAGAACAUGACCCUGUUGUGGCCUAGUUUUUUUUUUUUUGGUUGGUUUUUUUUUUAAUCUGAUGGCUUGUUCUGUGCCCUCUUGUGUGUCCUGUUCUGGCUGAGACCUAAUCUUGGUGCCAUGCCUCCUCUAACUUAGAGAAUAGCAUGUCUCCAGGACGCAGCUUUCCCUUUCCCUCUGUGCUUCAGAUUUGCGAAUGGGUAGUAGUCAUGUAUCAGAGAAUAUAUUUCCAUUAAUAUUCAAGACAAAGCCAAGAUACCGAGCUUCUGUCCCCUAACCCAAGCCUACUCUUGGUUUCUCUCCCAUUGUGAGAUCCUGGCUCUGAAAAAGCUGCGCUUCUUAUAUGUGACACCAAGGGUUUCUCCUACCAAAAAUACACUUAUAAAAGAAGGUAGUGGAGUUAACCUUCUUUCUUGACUAGGCUGAUUGACAUUGGCGCAUCUUAAUCCAGUGGGUAGGGCCACACUAAGGAGAGUUCCUCAUACCAAGCCCAUCAUAAAGAAAUGCACUAGGUACAGCAAGACUUUACUGGUAGGUUUGGGCAGACUUUCCAGGCAAACAGAUGAACUGCAUUUGCUCCCCUCUCCUCCAGAAUGAUAGAGAGGAAACAAGCCUUAGAAUCCUAGAGUUGAUUAGCAGUAUACAAGCAGCAGCUUGAACCAAGCUCACUACAGUUUACCAGAGUUCACCCCAAAGCUAGCUUCUCCAAGUUCCCAGUUCCACUGGCUUAGACCAACCCAGGAGUCUGCUGUCACCGGGAGUAUGGUGAACUCAGGGAAGAUGUCGUCUUUGCCAGACCAGGUGUACUCUUGAUUAGACUGAAUGAUGUCCAUAGAGAACUAAAGCCUUGGCACGUCUUGGAAGCAACCCAUGGAUAAGGCAAGAGUCAGAUCUGACCUUGAAAUUUAUGUGGGGGAUCAUUUUGUGCCUCAACCAUAACAUCCUCCUUGGACUUGAGUUUCCUUAUCUAUAAAAUGCGGGGGAUCGACUAGAUGGCCUCUGAGGUCCCUUCCAGCUCUAAAGCUAUGAGCCUUUUAACAAUAAAGGAGCAAAGAUUUUGUCCCUAAAUUCUUUCUGUCUAAAAGCUGCCAUCUUUCCUAUGGAAAUCCCCCAUUGACAAGCUGCUAGAUAUUACCACGAGUUCUGACUUUUAUCCCUGUCUCCCAUAUUUCCAGUAGAGAAGUCUCUGUUUUCGCUCCCUUUUCUCAAAAAGAAAGAUGUUUGGUACUCUGCCUUUGAGUCCCCCAGCUUUCCAUGAAAAGGGGACCCACCUGCCCCCACCUGAUCCCCCGUAGUGUAUUGGACACUACUCUAUGUGGCCUUCUCACUAAUCUCACCAUCACCACCCCAUUGGUCAAGAGUUAAGCACCAAUUCAGGAUUAAAUCCUAAAUUAAAAGGAUUAAAAGAAUCCUACUUAAACGGAUGUCAUAGUGGUGGUGGUAUGCUUCAAGUAGUCUAAAGCAGAUGUCACUUUUAGAAUGUGAAUAUUCACCCUACUGUGUCCUGUUAAAUCACAGUCUGCUGCAGUCUCGGCCAGGGGAUAGUGGUGUGCUAAACAUACUAUGCAUAUAGUAGGGGCUUAAUAAAUGUUUAUUAAAUUGAAUUUGCAGAACAUAUUAAAAAAAAACUACAAGCCUGCAAAAUGUUCCCUAGUCCUUCCAGUCAACAGUAUUAUGACUUCAGUGUGGUCAGUGGCAGGAAAUGUAUCAAUUACCUGCAAAACUUCUGUUUUAUAUUUCCUGCCUUUGUUCAGAGUCUUACUUACUCCUUACAAAGGAGCCUGAGCUCCUUUGAGUCCAGAAUGAUAUUUUUCCGGCUGUAGAAGUUUUUUAAGUUCCCAUUUUUUGUUAACCACUAUUUUGCAAAUUUUCUUAGUACACUGGCAACAUGAGUAGCAUGAAGUUUCCCAGUUCUGGAAACACAUCUUAUCCUCCUGCUAGGCUUUCUCUCUGAAAAACAGGAUCCCUGAUUCAACAGAAAUUCCACAAUUGCUUUUAGUGAACACAAGCACAAAAAGACAUAACCAGCCAUCUAACAGCUUGGGGGUAACAGGAUCUCCAUUGUUUGAAGGAGAUGCUCUUUGCUUCUGAGUCUCAACAGAUCACUUAGCAAUAUGGCUAGGUACCUCUCUUGAUUUGUGAUCCUGCCCAUGCUCAAACCGGUGCCAUCACUCUGUGACAGUGCCAUGAGUUUGGAAUCUUGCUUUGGUACCUUGCUCCCAGACUGAUUCUAACCAGCACCAAUGGAACAAUAAUCCACUCCCAUCAAGCAGAGGAAUUAUUUUUGCAAUAGGGUGAGGAGGGGGGAGAGUAGAAGAGGGAAGACAUUGGACGUGCCUGACCAAUAAAAAUGGUCCAUUUUAUGCACGAUAAAAGUUUUAAAAAUACAUGGUGUAUUUUUUAGGUAUUUUAGUGACUAUAGUUAACCACUCUGCAUUUCCUUCACUGUAAUAUCUUAUUCAGGCAAGCAGACACAGCUGUCUGAGAAAAGCCCAUAUUCACGUAUUUUACGUAGAUACAUAUAUUCAUGUAUGUAUACAUGUGCAUACAUUGGAAAAUACAUGUUUUGUAAAGAGCAUAACUUUUAUUGCCACUUGUUCCGUUAGUCCAUCUGUAAAACUCCUUUCUCAUCUCUUAAACUCCCACACAAGGCAGUAUCUGAUCAAGUCCAUCCUGGUCAAAAGUGAACAGCCCUCUAGUGAGUGGGACCACACAACACAGUUCAUAAACAGUUAAAUUAUUCAUUUUGUCCUAGAUCCCAAUCCAGGAAGUAUCAUGAGGGGAAAUGACCCCAGCUCCAGACAUUGGUUUACCAUCUUUAGCACAGUUAAGCAAAUGAGCUGCUACCCCAUAGUUUCAAAACACAUUCAGCUGAUAGGUCCCUAGAAUGGGCUAAGUCCAGUCUUCCUUGGUUGAAAGUCAGUCCAAAUAAAGAAAAAUGAAAGGAAUUCAAAGAUUUCUUCAUUCAUCUCCACCUGAGGCCUUCUCUGCACCUUUUUCCGAUGAUUCUUCUGGCAUAAGAUAAGAUGUCACCUGCCUCCUCACUCUAUUCCCACCUAUUCCUCACUCUCCUGGUAAAUUAAGACUUCUCUCCAAAUUCAGUUUGCUUCUCUGAAACAUGGUUGGUUCCAUGAUCACCAGCAAAACUACACACAAAGCCUAUUUUUCAGUUGGAGAAUAAGGUUAUAGCCCAGUAUGACAAAUGGAGGCAAGCCUAGGAAAGGUGAAUUAGAGGUCAUCACCAUGGAUGCAUUCUGGAAGCUAGAGCAGCUGGUUAUCUAGGUCUUUGCCUCAAGGGAAAGGGAAUCUACCAGCUGUUCCAGAAAUGGCAGAAGUGGCACAGGAUGCGGAUGAUGUAAAGGUCUUAGGAAGGAAAGCAAAGAACAUUACCAAUGAGUUUGGACAAGCAAAGAGAAGUCCUGACAGGCUCCACUGCUCAUUAAUGGGAUUUUGUUACCCAGCUUAGUUUUUUAUUUCCAAGAUGAAAUCAUCUCUUCUCUAUUCUUAAAAUAUGUAGCAUCUGAUCGCUGUGACUCUGAGAGUCAAUCAACCUAGUGCUGUCUUAUAGGGAAUAGAGGCAUUUCUUGUAGAGACACUACAGUAGCCAGGUAAGAAGGAAGGCCCGGGGUGAAUACCAUCUAGUAGCAAGCACCCAUGGACUGAGGAAGAGGAAAAGCCACCAUGGAGUAGUGCCAAACUCUUGAUCUAACCUCCUACACUCCCAGGCUCUGCUGGUCAUCAUACCUAGUUAAAAUGGACUAAAAUAAUAGUGCAACUGGGCAGGAACAGAAGUGCAGAGAAUUAUCUUUUCAUUUUCUAUUUUACCAGCCUUAAUAGUCAUUGUUUGGGGGCAAAAUGAGUCCUCUUAAGCCUUCCAAACCCAUUCCAUCUCUUCUGUCAAGGUUGUCCAAAACAAUGGGUGUAGAACCCCUUCAGUGCUAUCCAGUGAGGACAAAAGGGUGGAAUAGGCCAAAGUGUUAGAAUGAAAAUAGUGUCUCCUACUCAGAUUAGUCCUCUUCAUAAGCACCAGCAGUGAGCACUAGAGACCUCGUUUUGUUGGUAGCACCAGAUAGUUAAACUGCCUUGAUGAGAGCCACUUGGUGUGUUUUCAUGAAACCCCAGUAGACUGCCCCAAGACUUUGUUACAUGUGUGUUUCUUCCAUUCUCUAAAGUGAAUGUGGCUCCCUUCUUUACAUGUGUUAUCUUGGCCAGGUCCCUCAGUAUGAGGUUAGCCUGCAGCUGAUCGAACUCUUCAUCCAGUCUCCACAACAGCUGUUGCUUCAAGCACAGAGAAGUAUGUGCCAGUGGCUGCUGCCUUAGAGGGCCACUUGUUGCUAAUAGGCAGAGCAGAGGACUAUUAUAAGAUGUAAUUCUCUCCUCAGUCCUCCGCCCUUUUGGUCCAGGCAUGACUUUCUUAACCUAGGAGCUGUCACUCUCAAAUUUUACAGGAUUCAGGAUCUAAGCAAGAGCAAAAUCUGACACUUAGGCCUUCACAAUAGCCAACUAUAGAGAACAUCCCAAUAUCCAAGAAUAAAAUUCAGUACACCCUAAAGAGGGUUGUCUGGCUCCAUGCAGCUUCCACAGGGAAUCAUUUAGUCACCCAUGUUAGGAAAGUUGGAUCUCAUAUGACCAAGUUUUAGUAGCUGCUACACAGGUCUGCCAGACUGCUACUAGAUUUCCCCAAAAAGGCCUUAGGCUGAAAGGUUCAGGGUCCCCCAUUGCAUCCUGGGUCAUCUCCAGUCAUCCUGGUGAAU